GGCAGGCGCAGGCAUAGGCCUCAGUGCGAAAUUUUUCGAAGAGGGUGGUGGCGAUCUGAUUAUUAUAUACAACAGUGGUCGCUUCCGCAUGGCUGGUAGAGGAUCAUUAGCUGGGCUCAUGCCUUACGGGAACGCCAAUGAUGUUGUUGUCGACAUGGCCAAGGAGGUCCUCCCCAUCGUCAAGAAGACGCCCGUCAUAGCCGGCGUCUGCGCGUCCGAUCCUUUUCGCGACAUCCCCUCCUUCCUUCAUCAACUGAAAUCCCUCGGCUUCGCAGGCGUCCAAAACUUCCCAACCGUUGGCCUCAUCGACGGCCAAUUCCGACAGAAUCUGGAAGAGACGGGCAUGGGCUACGACACUGAGGUGGCCCUCAUAAAAACAGCUCAUGAGCUCGACAUGCUAACCACCCCUUACGCCUUCAACGUUUCUGAGGCGCGCCGCAUGGCAGAAGCAGGCGCUGACAUCCUAGUUGCGCACAUGGGCCUCACCACCUCCGGCAGCAUUGGGGCUAAGAGCGGGAAGACGUUGGACGAAUGUGUGGAGCUGAUUCAAGAGAUUCGGGAUGAAGCGGUGAAGGUGAGGGAGGAUAUUAUUGUGCUGUGUCAUGGGGGCCCCAUUGCGAAACCCGAGGAUGCCGAGUAUGUUAUCAGCAGGACGCGGGGCGUGCAGGGCUUUUAUGGGGCGAGUAGUAUUGAGAGGUUGCCAGUUGAAGAAGCGAUUGUGGGGGUUACGAAGAUGUUUAAGGGGUUGAAGCCAGGAAAGUGAUCGGUUGACCUCGGCUUUCCUACCGUAUAAUCUUGAAUAAAGGACUCAUGCUAGGCCACUAGAGUCCUAACGAAUCAUGAGAUCAAGAGCCUGCACCCGAAAAAGCACCAAUUGUAAGUCCGCCAAGAUACCUCCCUGCGACUACUCCCGCUAUCGUCCACGGGAUACUAGUUCCAAAGGUGGCGGCUGCAGCAGUACCAGCCAAAAUCUCUCCUGUACAACCAUCUAAGGUAUUAAGACUAGUCAAACAAAUCUUCGCCGUGUCCACGAUUUGUGUCGCGC